GCGAGAACUCUCGAUUUCCAACCUCUUUCGCAGGCCUCUUUUCGGCUCCCGCGUCGGUUUGUUUGGGUGCUUCGCCGGGCGUCGUGACGACAUCAAAGCGCGCCUAAUGUUUUAGGUGGCGGACGAAGGAGAAAAACGAGAAAAGGCAAUAUCAUGUCUGGAAGCUUCUACUUCGUAAUUGUGGGCCAUCAUGAUAACCCAGUGUUUGAAAUGGAAUUUUUACCAGCUGGUAAACUGGAAUCUAAGGAUGACCAUCGCCAUCUCAAUCAAUUCAUAGCUCAUGCAGCUCUUGAUCUAGUAGAUGAGAAUAUGUGGCUGUCUAAUAAUAUGUAUUUGAAGACUGUGGACAAAUUUAACGAAUGGUUUGUUUCUGCAUUUGUCACUGCAGGACAUAUGAGAUUUAUAAUACUUCAUGAUGUCAGGCAAGAAGAUGGAAUCAAAAACUUCUUUAGUGAUGUCUACGACUUGUAUAUAAAGUUUGCAAUGAAUCCAUUUUACGAACCCAAUUCUCCCAUUCGAUCAACUGCAUUUGACAGAAAAGUUCAGUUUCUUGGGAAGAAACAUCUCUUAAGUUGAACAGUGACUGAUUCAAAUAGCUCACUUGACUUUUUCCUGAACCUGCUACUCUCAAGAAGUUUAAAAACAUUGAACAUUUGGGAAAACCAGAACACAACUUCAAGAGUUCAGACAUUGCUAAUUAAUUGUAAUUGGUUCAAAUAUGUAAUAUUGUACUUCUGUCAAAACAUGAAUAUAAUGUUGCUAGCUAGCUUCCUCUUUCACCACUUUAUCUGAAGUCAGAGCAUAUAAAUUUUUGUGGUUAUUGGUAAGCGUCAGUAUGAAGAAAUCCACUACCUGUCUAUCCCUAAAAGCUUCAGUUGAAAUUUGACAAGAUGAACCAGGUUUAGAACCUUGCAUGGAAAGAAAAACAGGGAGGAAAGGGAGAAAAAUAUACCUAUUGACUUGGAAACAAGUCUCUUAUUAAUUAAAAUCAGUUGUUUCUAAAGAAAUUCUUAGAAUACCACAUUGACCAGAAAGUCAUUGCCAUAAUUUCCACAAGGGCGAAUGGCCGUUAACGGAAAGCAUAAGGCAUCACACGCACCUUGUAUAUGAAAAUAUCUAAACUUUUAUGUAGUAAGAUGCUGCAACUCAGGUGUUCUUUAAACUCAAGUUGCUCAUUUAAGCUUAAGGUCAAUUUUCUCUAACUGCCAUGUCUAAAAUAAUACAGUGAGUCCAAUACAACUAAGUUAAAUAUUUGUAAACUCCACUGAUUUCUAGUACAGUUGAGUCUGAGGGUGCUAUUCUAAAUAGUUACUUCUCUGAGGUAUCAAAAAAUAGCCAUAGGUUUGGAUCCAUCAGAACUUCCAUGGAUGGAGGAAUUUCUACCUGCAGAUCUGUCAUAUUCCUGCCAGCCACAGCCCAAAAUGUCUCCAAUGGGCAGGUGGGUAGUUACACUCUGCAGGUGAAAAUCCUUCCAUUUGUGAAAAUAUUAAUGUGGAAGCAAACCUGUACCUGCAGACUAAAGAAAGGCCAAAAUAGUUUAGAUUUGACUAAAACAAACUUGUUCAUAUUGUAUGUAGAACUUAAGCACGUGCUUCAGUUCACUGGUAUUUCAUUCUCUUUAAGUUGUAGUAUUUCAUUGUAUGAAUUUAUUGUUCAGAAUGACAAAACAUAAAUUUGUUAUAAAGAGGUUGCAUUAACAUUCCCAAAUAAAAGUAUUAUAACAUGA